UCUGUGGGAGGGGGGCGGGUUUGUUGUUGUUGUUCCUUGCUGGAGCUGCUGUGAGCUGUGAUGUCUCCCCAGCGCAACACAACGACUUUAAAACUACACACAACCGCGGAUGAUCGGUUUUACUACACUUAACCGUGUCGCGUGUCGAAGCUCGUCGCAGGGGAACGAAGCUAGAGGGAGGGAAACCGGACGUUGACGUCAAGCUAACAGCUAGCUGGGUAGCUAGCUAGCAUGUUGUUUAUGCUAUGUGUUUCUCACUGUUGUGUUUCCCUCCUCGCAGGUGAAAGAGUCCUGUGCUUUCAUGGGCCAUUGCUCUACGAGGCAAAGUGUGUAAAGAUCAGCAUAAAGGAAAAGCAGAUUAAAUACUUCAUUCAUUACAGCGGAUGGAACAAAAACUGGGAUGAAUGGGUUCCUGAAAGCAGAGUUCUCAAAUAUGUGGACAGCAACCUUGCGAGACAAAAAGAGCUUCAAAAGGCUAAUAAGGACCACUAUGUUGAGGGAAAGAUGAGGGGUUUAGCACCAAGUAAGAAGAUUGCUGCUGUGCAGCAGAAAAAUGUUGAUCUGAAAGUGAAAAAGGCAAAACAGAAGACCCCAGGGCCGGGUGAAGGUACCAGCAGCGGAGAAACGCUGCAGGGACCACGGAAGAAGAGGGCUCGGGUCGAUCCCACUGUGGAGAGUGAGGAGAUGUUCACCAACCGUGUGGAGGUCAAAGUAAAGAUCCCUGAGGAGCUAAAGCCCUGGUUGGUGGACGACUGGGACCUCAUCACUCGGCAGAAACAGUUAUUUCAUUUGCCUGCUAAGAAGAAUAUAGAGACUGUCCUGGAGGACUAUGCAAACUAUAAGAAAUCAAAAGGAAACUCCGACAACAAGGAGUAUGCAGUAAACGAAGUGGUGGCAGGAAUUCGUGAGUACUUCAACGUGAUGCUGGGCACGCAGCUGCUUUACAAGUUCGAGAGGCCGCAGUAUGCUGAGAUCCUAGCUGAACACCAAGACAUGCCAAUGUCGCAGGUUUACGGAGCUCCACACUUGCUACGGCUAUUUGUUCGUAUCGGAGCCAUGCUGGCCUACACUCCACUGGACGAGAAGAGCCUGGCUUUGCUGCUCAGUUACCUCCAAGAUUUCCUCAAGUACCUGGUGAAGAAUUCAUCCACCCUGUUCAUUGCCAGUGACUACGAGGUCGCACCCCCAGAGUACCACCGCAAGGCAGUUUGAGAGCUCCCAGCACACAGCGCUCCUCAUUGAGACGCAUCCUCCCAGUCGCCCAGAACACAUGUAAAAUAACCAUUAUCUUUUGAGUGCAGACUUACAGGAUGAGAUUUUUCACUUGAAAUGAUGCGCUUCCUCCUCCUCGGUCUCAGGAGCUAAUCAAAUAAAGUCAAAUAUUUGAAGUUUCACUGAACCUUGCUGAACCUUCCUCUCUUUCUCUCUCUCUUUUCUCCCUUUGUGCUUUUUUUUCUCUCACUUCUUUGAAAAGACUCAAGAAACAAUGUUCUCCCUGUUGUGAAGUUACUGUUCCACAAGCAGCUCUUUGGUGUAAUUGGUGCAUUCCAUCAGAUAUUUGUUAUUGUUGCAUGCAUGUAUUUAUUAGUGUUUCUUCUGCCACACCGGUGCAAUCAAAUGCUGGACCACAAGGUCAACAUUCAACAGUUUCUGUUUUUGUAUCUCUAUCUUGUGUAUUUGUAUCGAUUUGUAAAAAAAAAAAAAAAAAAAAGUUUCUACACAA